CCACACAACCAAUCGAAAAUCGCGUGAGAGUUUUCCUGACGACCAGACCACGCCUGGCUACCAACGUCUUCUUCAGGUACAGCAGGUUUGCUUGCAACAUGGGUGUUUAUGCAAGCGUUUUUCAUAAAAGUAGUGGUCAAAUCCUCAUCGAUUCCACAGAUCCAUCCCAAGCAAACUGGAUUACAGCCCAUUCAGAUGCCUGUAAAAUGCCAGUUCCUGAAGUGCAGAGGUGCUGGGGUCGCUUCCUGCUGCUGCAGCCAGAUAAGAAUGGAAAUGUUCAUCGCCACAGGUUUAUAAAGGAUGAUAUUUUCAAUAGACAGCUGGUGCAGCAGAUACCUGUCACAGAGGAUGGCCUUGUGACUUUCCAGACAUACUGCAGUGCUGUGUACUGGCUGUCUAACUCCAGCAUCGAGACAAAACUGGGAGGGUUGUAUCAGACAUUAGCCUGCAGCUCCCUGAACAAGGACUCUCUAGAGCGUCUUCUACAAGCUCUUUACCCAAAGGAAAGUCAAGGGGGAGUGAACCAGCUUUCCAGCCUGCUAAUGUGGGAAAUGGACACGAAAAACCAAGAGUUUAUUGAUGAAGAUCAGUUUAUUGCAUGGAUGAAGAAACUCCCACAGGAAACCUUGUCAGCUUUGCUGCACUUCUCAGUGAUACCACACAAGCUCACAGCAGCAAGUGCACCACAAAUUCCCCAGAGAGACUUGACUACAGCUCAAGACUCCAGAAAGGUAACAGAUAACCAGCUUCUUAAAAUUGCUGUGGAGAUGUCUAGGCAGAGAAGAGACUGGAAACUGUUGGCCAAUAGCCUUGGUUUCUUGGAGACAGACAGUCAAACAUUUGAGAGAAAACAUUUAGAAGUACAGAACCAGAUCGUGGAGAUGCUACAGGUGUGGCGAAGCGCAGCAGGCCAGCAGGAUCCAGUGCAUGUACUGCAGACUGCUCUGAGAGACAGCGGGAACACGGACAUCAACAAUGAAGUCUUCCAUCUCAGCUUUUAAUAACGGAAUGGCUCAUUUCAAAAAGGAGGUUGAUUGAAUAGAGCCCCAAUUAGUUUAAAGAGCAUUUCAUUAUCCUUGGGAAGGAGGGGGGGAUAUUACAGUAUAUUUACACAGUACAGAAGACAGGAAAUGAUUUGAUCAAAUUUUUUUUAAAAACCAGGGUACCAUCAUAAUAUUAAACAUUCUUAACAUGUUUCAAGCUUUGUUGAAUGCUGUUAAACAUACAUCAUGUGCAUCAAGCUCACCAGUUCUCUGACCUCAUGUAGGCUGUUAUAUGUAGUGUUUAUAUGCCCCAUAACUUGUUUAUUGGGAAAGGUCUUGUUACACUAAUUGCAUCCUCCUUUAAGUGCUGUAAAAGCAGUACACCCCAUAUAGCUGCCUGGAUCUCAUGUAAUUGAGAAAAGAUUCAAUGCAGUUUUUACUCAUCCAUAGAUAAAGUAAAACCUCUUUGCAUCAACACAGUUGAAAAUAGAAGCAAUAUAAACCUUUACCACAAACACUUUGUCAGGAAAAUGAAUAAGUCAUCCUAAUGAAAGCCACAUGCCGUAUGUCCAGCACGUUCACGGUGUUACACAACACAUCCAUUGUCAACAUUUAAAUCUUGCAUCAAUGGUUGUUUACUGUUUAGCUAUCAUUAAGUGUAUUGUAUUGUCGUGUUUGUAUUGCACAUUUUGCAUUUUCAUAUAGUAUUCAAUUGCAUUGAUUUAAAGAGCAGCAAUAUACUAUGAGAAAAAUAUGUCGUUUAGGAUUUUGUUCUUUUUUAACAUUUAUACCUUUACAGCCACUCAAGGAACGUUUUGGGAAUGGUUUACAAUUCACAGAUUUAAUAAAAAAAAAAAAAAAAGUGGCUUCUGUCGAUUUCUCAUUUGACCUUAUUUCUAAAACUAAGACACCUAAGAUAUCCUUAAUACCACUAAUUAAUUAAUUUAUAUAUAUAUAUAAAAAUUAAUUAGUCACUUUCAGCUGGAAAAUGAAAAAGGUGUAUGAACUCUGAGAGGCAGAAGAAACACGGUUACAAAUGUUUUUAGUCCUUUCUCCCUCCCUUGCACAGCUCAACUCUCACCAGGAUAAGGGAUAACUAUUUGUUUGAAAAACAAUAGGCAUUUGGCAUGUGGUUUGCUGUGCUGUGAACGGGACCAUCUGUAAUGUUUGUUUAUUGAAACCGCACCAUGUCCUGUUAUUUUAAGAUUAUUGUUUUUAAUCCCAC